AAAUAUGGUAACAGAUCUUAUUGUUAAAGGAUUAGUUUUAAUAAGAAAAAGUAGGAACAUUCAUUCAAUUAUAAAAAAUAAGAAAACUCAAAUUCAAUUAUUAAUUUGCCCUCUAAUCUGUUAUACUUCAAAUUAUGUUAACUCAGUGAAAUAAAUGAAAGCUAUGAAAGAAGCAAAUAUAAUUUAAUUUGAUUUUUUGAUUAAUCUAUUUUAGCCAUCUCUUAUUCAAAAUAAUCUCAAACGAAUAAAUUAGAGAAAAAAUAGGAUCAAAAGAAAAAGUCAAAUAAGCAAUUGUCAAAUUGAUUCAUCAUACUCUUGAGAAUUAUGGAUAAUAAAACUUUAAAAA